CCACUCUUUUCAAAAUUUUCUUCCCGCUGGAACCCCGAAGAAGCACCGGAGCGAAGAAUUACAAAUCGAGGCCCAGGCCAGGUACAGUGUCUCAGCUUGUCGACACCCUGAAGUAUCUUUCCUUUCCACAUCUUGUACCAUCACGCCCACGGCCCAUCACAAUGCCAUCAACCCUCUUCACACCCCUCCGCAUUGGCAAUGUCCCACUGCAGCACCGCGUCGUCAUGGCGCCCCUAACGCGCCUCCGCGCAGACGCCAACCACGUCCAACUCCCAAUCACACCAACCUACUACGAACAACGCGCCUCCGUCCCAGGGACACUCCUCAUCGCCGAAGCAGUCCAGAUCUCCGCUGCGCACGGCGGCUGCCCUCACCUCCCUGGAGUCUAUACAGAGGCCCAGAUUCAAGCGUGGAAGAAGAUUACGGAUGCAGUCCACGCCAAGGGCAGCUACAUCUUCGCGCAGUUGUUCGCACCGGGACGGGCCGCGGACCCCGAGACGUUGAAGCGCGAAGGCGGGCUUGAUUUUGUUGCACCGAGCGCUGUACCCAUGGACCCGGGGAGUUCUACGAAUGUCCCGAAGGAGAUGACCGAGGUUCAGAUCCAAGGCUGUAUCGGGGACUUUGCUACCGCUGCCAAGAAUGCUAUUCGGGCAGGAUUUGACGGUGUUGAGGUGCAUGGUGCGAAUGGGUAUUUGGUUGACCAAUUCCUGCAGGAUGUCACGAACCGUCGCUCUGAUCGGUGGGGAGGCAGUGUACCCAAUCGCGCGCGAUUUGCAGUGGAAGUCGCGCGUGUGCUUGUUGAGGCAGUUGGAGCUGAACGUGUUGGGUUCCGUGUUAGUCCCUGGAACACCUGGCAGGGGAUGAGGAUGGUUGAUCCCGUGCCGCAGUUUACAUACCUUGUUGAGCAGCUGAAGGAGCUGAAGUUGGCGUACCUGCAUGUCAUCGAAUCGCGUGUCAUCAACAAUGUGGAUACCGAGAAGACUGAAGGUAUCGAGUUCCUUCUCGAUAUCUGGGGCAAGACCUCUCCAGUCCUCGUAGCAGGUGGAUAUAACCCGCAGAACGCAGAGGCAGCAUUUGAAGAGUACAAGAACAACGACAUCGCUGUUGUCUUUGGUCGACACUUCCUGUCAAACCCGGAUUUGCCAUUUAGGAUUCAAAAAGGACUUGCUCUGAACAAGUACGAUCGAUCGACGUUUUAUGCGGCGAUGAGUGAGGAGGGAUAUGCGGAUUAUCCAUUCAGUGCUCAAUUUCUGGAGCUGAAGAACUAGAUUAAAUCAUGAGCAAGCCGGACUUGAUGUACGAUAGACAUAGACGAAGACUCUUUAUAAUUAGAAUACAGCCAAUAGAACUAUAUACAGGAAAGCUUGAAGUGCUCAAGUU